CAUGAAGUCAUUUCAUUUUUACUACAUGGCCGACGCCCGACGCUGAGUUGUAGUUGAUUAUUUUGUUUUCAUUAGUGAUUGUGCCUAAGCAUUGUUCGUUGUGCUAAAUUCGAAUUUUCUAAUAUGUCUACUCUUAAUAAAGAGGAAUGCAUUUGUGGGAAAAAAAAAUUAAUGCUGAAUGAUACAAAUUGGAAACGGCAUACCACAUCGUGUAAAAUGCGAAAAUCUAAAAAUAAUAACUCCGAUAUUUCGUCUUUUUUCAAAAGGCGAUCAGUGAAUAUAAUUGAAACAAGUAGUCAGAGAAAAAAACAGCGUCCUGAUAUUGGUGAAAAUGCCAUAGCUGUUAAACAAUUUCAAAUCUCCUCUAGUUGUGAUAAAAUACAAGAGGAAAUUGUUGUUAAUCCAUUCAAAGACUUAGAAAUGAGUGGUGUUACUGUGGACUUGGAAAAAAUUUCAAAACAAGAUGAAACUAUUCCUAAUGAUUUAGAUGAUAUUGGUGAAAAUGCCGUAGCUGUUGAACAAUUUCAAAUCUCCUCUAGUUGUGAUAAAAUACAAGAGGAAAUUGUUGUUAAUCCAUUCAAAGACUUAGAAAUUGAUGGAGAUCCUGCUAUAUUUACUAAAAUAGAAAAAUUCACACCAGAUCUUAUAGAGUUUUUCUUCAAAAAAGGACCUUCGCAACCUUUACCAAAUGAUCUACCGGACAAGCACUUUCCAAAAGAUAAGAUCGGUCGGUCUUUCCACGAAUCUUGGUAUUGGAAAGGUAAUGGAAGUGUAACAAAACGAAAAUGGUUGUCUUACUCAAUAAAAAUUGAUAAAGUGUUUUGCCAUUAUUGUGUUUUAUUUAAAACAAAACAAUCUAACUGUCAUUGGACAAAAUAUGGAUUCAAUUUAUGGAAAAAUGGGCCCGCCAAAAUAAUUAUGCAUGAAACAUCCGAAGAUCACAUAAUGUCAUCAAUUAAACACAGUUACAAAGAAGCAUCAUUUCCACUUAUUCCAUCUAUAACAGAAAAAUUGAAUGCUGAUAAAUGUCUCAAUAAAAAAAUAAUAAGUCAUCUAAUUGAUUUAACUUUAUUUUUGGGCAGACAUAGCCUAUCUUUCAGAGGUCAUCGAGAAGGUUGGGAUGAAGAAAUACGUGGUAACUUUAAAGAUCUUGUAGUUUUAUUGGCCAAGUACUCGCCUGAAUUAGCAUCUUAUAUUACUGAAAUCCAAAUCAAAGGUAGAAAAGCAAAUAAUUUUCUUUCGUGGCAGCGUCAAAAUCAAUUGAUUAAAGCCAUUUCGAAAAAUAUAUUAAAUGUUAUUAAAAAAGAAUUAGUGGAUGCUAAAUUUUUUAGUAUUUCUUUAGACACUACUUUCGAUGUUUCACGAAAAGAGCAAGUUUCUUUAAUCUUUAGGUAUAUUAAUAAAAAUACUUAUACUGUGCAUGAACGUUUAGUAGCUGUUAAAGAAACCACAUGUACAACUGGUCUACAUUUAUUUGGUAUGUUUGAAACAAUAUGUCAAGAAAUGUCUAUAAAUUGGAAGGAAUUAUUAAUUGGUCAAUCAUUUGAUGGUGCUGCAUCUAUGAGAGGUGAAUAUAAAGGUCUUCAAAGUUAUAUAAAAGAACAAAAUCCAUGUGCGACAUAUAUUUGGUGUUGUGCCCACCGCUUGAGCUUAGUCAUUGUAGAUGCAGUUUCAAAUUGUACAGAAGCUCGUGAUUUAUUUGGGAACAUGGAAACACUGUAUGAAUUCAUUAGCUGCAGCAAAAAACGAAUUGGAUUGUACUCUGAUUAUCAAAAAAAAUAUUAUCCAAAAAAGCAACUUCGUCGAUUAAAAAGAGUUGAAACAACACGGUGGUCUUCACAUGCAUCAGCGCUUCAAACAGUUUUUGAGACGUUUGAUGCACUGAUUGAUACGUUGUUUGAUCUAAAAGAUGAUAAAUUUACUGAUCGCGUUUGUAGUGUCAAAGCAGAUAGUUUAAUGAACUAUAUGUUAACAGAGCGUUUUAUUUUAACAAGUCUGGUAUUCUUGAAAAUAUUUGAUAUAACAAAUCCAUUAAAUAAAUUUUUACAGGGUAAAAAUAUAGAUUUAUUAGGUGCUGUUAAUUACAUUGAAAAUGUGUCAUUUAAUAUAAAAGAACUGAGAAAUGACAAUAAAUUUGAAUUAAUUGUUUUAGAAAAGGACAAAUUUAUUGAAUCAAAAAAAGAUAAUCUUUUGUUUACACCUUUAGUGCAUUCUAGAGUAAGACGCAUUAAAAAAAUGCCUGGUGAAGUUGCGUCUGAUGUAGAAUUUGCUGAUCCAGUUCAAAACUUUAAAAUAAAAUCAUAUUAUGCCAUAUUGGAUAUUGUCUCUACACAGAUUCAGGAACGAUUCAACGAAAAUUCAACACCAUUACUUAAAGAUAUUUCUCUUUUUCAGAGAAAACGCUUAAAGGAUGUAUCAAAUAAUGUUUCAAGCCUUCCUGUGGAUGCAUUUCAAGGAUUUGAAAGUAUAUAUGAAAAAUUUGUAUCUGCUAUAGAUCUAAGACGGGAAUAUGUUCAAUUUGCAAAUGCAUAUUUUAGUUUUGAAAAAUUUGUAACACUUCCAAAAAAAAUUCACAAUGUCUCGGAUCAUAUUUUUCAUGAUCCUGAUGAUGAACAAGAUUUUGAGGAAUCUGGAUUUGGACCUACUGAACAAUAUAAAGAUUUGACACCAAUACAAACAAUAUAUAAUGUAUGUCAUAUGACUGGCUUAAAAGAUGUUUUCCCUGCAAUAUCUACAGCAUUAGCAAUUUCUCUAACACUUCCUGUAUCCAGUGCAUCACCAGAAAGAGCAUUUUCUAAGUUGAAAUUAAUUAAAACUCGGUUACGUAGUACAAUGAUAGAAGAUCGUUUGGAAGCAUUAAUGAUAAUCUCUUGCGAGAAAGAUAUACCAGUUGAUAACACUGAAGUAAUCAAUAUUUUUUCAUCGUAUAGUAGUGUACUUCGUAAAUUACUUUAUUAAUUACGUUAGUAAUUAUUUGUUACAUUAUACUUAAAGACUAAAGUUAACUUAUUAAAUACAUUUUUUUUAUUAAAUAACAUAUUAUUUACAGCAGUUUAUGUAUUUACCUAAAUUGUUUCAUACUACAGAAAAAUAACCACGAAUUUCCCCCAGUUCCCCACUGUAUUUAUUAUUUUAUAUUUCAUAUUAUGUACCUAAUUUAUACUAUAUAUCAAUUGUGAAAAAAAUGUUAUAAAUUAAAAUAUAAUACAGGUUGUAACAGACUAACAGAAUUAGUCUAGCCAAAAUUAAAUUAAAAGUUCACAGAGAAGUAGAAAACCUAAUAAAGUCAUACAAACAUUUUUGUAACACUGAUUAAAAAAAGUAGUUGAGCACAAAUAUACAAAAAAGUUCAUAAGUAUCUAUAUUUUUUAGAUAACAAAAAAUAUAUUUAGUGAUACUUAAAAAAGAACAUACCUACCUAACAUUAAAAAUAAAUUUUGUACUUGUUGUUCACUAUCGUAGACUAGUGUUUAUGAAUAAUUGAACAAAUAUACUAAAUUAUUUUACAUGACUGAUGUCUGAUGAUAACGUUGGGGCCGUGUGCCUCGUGCCUGCAUAGGUAUAAUUUUACGGUUGUGGGUGGGUGGGUGUUUGGUAAUUUUUACUAGUUUGCCACCCCAUUUUAAAUUGAG